AUGGUGGUCCGUGCUGUCGGUGCUAAACUUCUAUCAGACGAAAACUCUUCUCAGACUCCGGAGUUCACGGGACGACGGAAUGGGAAUUUCGGACGCCGUACGAUGACCUCUUCCAACUGUCAUGUCCCGUGCAGGACUACUGUUGUGAUUAUGACCCACAUAAACACAGCAACAAUUGAGUGUCCUUACACACAAGGACCACAAAGAGUAUUUGAUAAUUUGGGUUUAAAUAUGUUGGAGAACGCUUGGAAAGGAUAUAACUGUUCCUUAUUUGCAUAUGGACAAACAGGAAGUGGAAAAUCCUACUCUGUGAUGGGAUUUCAAGCAAAUAAAGGUAUUGUUCCAUUAACAUGUGAGGAAUUAUUUAGAGGCAUCAAGAUUAGACAAGAGGCAUGUGCUGAAGGUGAAGAUUUUCAGGUCACAUUUAGCAUGAUAGAAAUUUACAAUGAGCAAGUCCGUGAUUUAUUGAAUCCUAAAAAUGCACCUAAAGGGGGUUUAAAAAUCCGAGAACAUUACUCUAAAGGUUUCUAUGUUGACAUGUUGAAAGUUGUAACAGUCAAUACAUUUGCUGAUAUAGAAAGCCGAAUAAAUGAAGGUACGCGGAAUCGAACUAUCGCAUCAACGAAUAUGAAUGCUACUAGUAGUCGUGCCCAUACUAUUGUCUCUGUGACACUCAUUCAGAAAGCUAAGAACCAAGCUGGUCAAAUGAUGACAAAGACAUCCAUCAUUAAUUUAGUGGAUUUAGCAGGAAGUGAGAGAGUUGAGAAGACAGGUGCUACUGGUGAUAGGUUGAAAGAAGGCAGCAUGAUAAACCAAUCUCUGUCAACGCUUGGUAAUGUAAUUAAAGCCUUGGCAGAUCUAGGAUCUGGUAAAAAAGCUGCACAUAUACCAUACAGAGAUUCUAAACUUACUAUGUUACUGAAAAAUGCCCUUGGUGGGAAUAGUAAGACUAUUAUGAUAGCUGCUAUAAGUCCUGCUGAUGACAACUAUGAAGAAACCCUCUCAACUCUGCGUUAUGCCGAUAGAGCAAAAUCAAUUAGAACUAAAGCUAUUAUAAAUGAAAGCCCAACUGAAAAGCUAAUCCGUGAACUCAGAGAAGAAAAUGCUAGAUUAUUACAGCAAUUACAGACUGGUGGUGGUGGUGCUAUGGGCAGUAAUAUCAAAGGCAUUCCUGAACACGAGGUGGAAGAAAUGAAAAAAGCACUUGAGGAACAAAUUCAUCGAAAUAAAUCUGAAAUGGAUGAAAUGGAAAAAUCAUGGCAACAGAGAUUUUCUGAAGCAGAAGCUGCUAAUAUGGAAAAACUAGUUUUGGAACAGAAAAAACAGGAACAAAUGAAAGUAGUUCCCCAUUUCUGGAAUUUGAAUGAAGAUCCUGCACUGACUGGCAUGGUGGUACAUUUUAUCCACGAUGGAAAGUCACAUAUUGGCAACAAAAAUGCAGAUCCAGCACCUGAAAUAUUGCUAGCUGGUCUUAGCAUCCUGAAAGAACACGCUGUUGUGAAAAGGAACAAGAAAAAUGUUGUGAAAAUUAAACAAGUUGGGAAAGCAAAGGUGCUGGUCAAUGGUAAAGAAUUACAAGAAGAGAAGGAACUCCAUCACAAUGACAGGGUAAUGUUUGGUUCCAAUCAUCUCUAUGUGUUACAUCAUCCUCAAGAUUUGGCCAAGAAUAUGAAAGCAGGAAAGAAAGAAGAAAAAGUGACAUAUGAUCAGGCACAGACAGAGAUAGCCGAGAAUUCAGGGUUUAAUAUGCAGAAAGGUCCUGGCCAAACAAAAGAGGAUUUACUUGUCCAAGAAGACCUAAUUGAGAUGAUGCCUUUGGUUAGUGAAGCAAACGCCAUGAGUGAAGAAUUAGAUAAGAAAGUGCGUUUUGAAAUUGCUAUUGUUGCACCCGCAGUUAAAGGAUUGAAACAUGGCAGAACAGAGGUUAAUGUGGUGAUACGAAAUCUAGAGAAUGGGACAGAAUUUAUGUGGCAAAGAAACAAGUUUUUGAAUAGGAAGUAUAUGAUGCAAGAAAUGUACCAGAACUAUAUGGAAGGAGACAGUGACUGGGAUGUAGAAAAGGAAAAAGAUCCCUUCUGGGAACCACCAGAGACUGAAGCCCUUAUUGGCUAUGUGCAUUUAUAUUUACAAAGUUUGGGAUAUAUGAUUGAAUUAGAGGAAACCUUAUCUAUCACUGACUAUAAAGGAUUGGAGAGGGGACAUCUGAGUGUAGAGGGAGUUCCCUGUCGCUCUAACGGAUCAGAGUUUGACGAAAGUGAAGAUGCAUUUGUAGAGGAGCCAUCAGAGUUGGAAGGGAAAUCUAUGUACUUUCGUUUAAAGAUUCUCAAUGCAAGAGGCUUACCUGUUCAAUUUAACAAGAGUUUUUGCAGGUAUAAGUUUUACCUAGAUGAGCAAACUAACCAAACCAAAGAAAUUGAAGGAACAAUAAAUCCAAAUUUUGGACAUAAUCACCUAAUCAGUUGCAAUCCAGUUACAAAGCAGGAUGCAGAGGACAGGCACAAACUUUUAGUUGAAAUUAAUACACAUAAGAAAAGAGCAGAUAAAAUGGAAACCAAAUUGCGCAAGAUAUAUGAUAUGGUACUUGAGGCCAAAAAAGAAGAUGGUACUGGUACGCUGAAUGCCAGUGAAGUGGAAGAAGUCUUGAAAAGUGGUUACAAAGAACAGUUUAAAGCAGCAGGACGAGUGAUACAAACAGUAAAUGAAAGCAAAGCAUGUGUGAUACAAUAA